GCAGAGCAGAAGCGGUGAAUCUAUCGUGUGGACUACUCCGGCAGCACAACAAUAGACUUGUGAUACGAUGUACUUAAGAUGAUUUGUUUCACAGAGAACGUAGAAUAAGAACAUUUCUUUCGUUUUUGAACAGCGCUUAGAACUUUUUGGAGAUAGCGCUUGUAGAGUUUUUGCCUCUCACACUUUUCGGUCAGACGGAGUUAAAACGGCGGAAAAAAACGUUGUCUUGUCCAUUUCACAGCUGUCAUGAUCCCUUAAAACUUUUGCCAUGGCACAUUUGCAUAGACGACAGAACCCGUCAAAUGGCCCAACCGCCGUAGUUGAGCCAGAGGGCAGCGGAGAGACUCAUCCGGUUGACGAAGCUGACUCCAAACCCCGGCAUUUUGACAAUCCCCAGCUGAGCAGAGGGGAGCAGACCCGAUCUGGAUUAACCAUGUCACAUACUCCCAAUGAUUACCGAACGGUGUCCAGCUCUUCCAGUGGAUAUGUUUCGUCUGAUUCUGUGCCAAGCUCUCCACUAACACCGUUCAGUAGGCCUAACAGAUCGACACAAACGCCAAGUCCUUCUAGUCAAGUCAUUACCCAUGCUUUGCAGCGCUUGUCUCAAACUCAACAUGGUCGGAGUCAUGAGCCAUGGUCUGUUCCCCUACCCCCCAAUAGUGCACACCCGGAAGCAACACCUGGGGGGGACAUGCAACCAGAGGAGUGGAUGGCUCGAGAGCUGCGGCGCAUCGGCGAUGAAUUCAAUCACCUGUAUUUUCAAGCUCCUGCAGGUGGGAACGGCCAGGCAGUCCUUGUACGUCUGCGGCAGCAGCUCCCCAACAGCCCCGGCCUAAUGCUCUUCCUGGGCCUGCUGAUUGGACGACUGUUUCAGUAUAUCAGGAGGAGGAGAUGACUGAUUGGACAGAUGGAAAACCCAGCAGACCUGUAGCCCCUGAACUUAAUGUACAUGAUGUAAAUACGACCUGCAUGCUUUCGAGCAGUUGCAGUUGCAGUUGCAGUUGCAGUUGCAGUUGCAGUCUCUCCGUUGGUUACCCCAUGCUGGUGGAACUCCAGUGCAAUGGGACUUGCUGUUUGGUUCUGGUGUGAUGGCAACUUCACCAGAUCAGAGAUUGAAGAUUGGAAUGUUGGCAAGGGGAGCAAUUUUUUUUGUUUGUUUGUUUGUUUGUUCCAGUAAAUCUGCAGCACGUGGAUAUUUUUCAUCUUAUUUUUUGAAAUAAUGAGUUUCCUGCAUGAUAUUGGAAAGCUGAGCCAAACAUGCUGUGGAUUGCCUGGACUGAGCAAGCAGCCCUCUGUCCGAGCAGAGCAUGGCGGAAACAAACAUUCCUCUUUUUUGGUCCUCUUCUUUGGUUUCUUCCUCUGUCUUUUUUUGUUUGACUUUUGCGUCUAUUUAUUUCACCUUUUUUGUAUUUAAUUUGUACAUUUGUGUAUAGAUAUCAUUUCUGUUGUUGACGUGGUCAUUAGGCAGCGUAGCAGAAUCUCUGAUGUUCCUGCAAAAGCAGCGCUGUCUCUCCAGUAUGGUCUCCUUGGUCUAAAAUUUGGCACUUCCAUUUUUGUGUGUUGAUAUUGCAGAAUUAUAUUAAGUCUUUUCAUGUUUUUAAAACCCCUUAUUACUCAAUUUUACAGUUGAUAGCUAUGUUGAAUAAUGUCCAGAUUUUAGAGUGAAAACCUUUAUGAUUUGUGAAGAAAAAAAAAGAAAAAGUGACAUCUGAUUGGCUGAGAAAAAUAUGAACUGAUACUGGUGUUACACUUUCCAACAUCAAUCAUCUCACUGUUGUAACCUUUGGCAGGCCCAUCCUUCAGAUGCGUGCCAAUUUGCCAGCACAACAUAACUGUUGGCGUGGGUAUGUCCACCACUGAAGUGUCAGGUCAUUUAAAGAUCAUCUAACACCAGACUCCGCCACAGGGGAGAGCAGCUUCAUCAAUGAAAACCACUGAAUGAACUGGAUCCAGGGUAACAGGGUUUCAAAAGUUUUACACAGGGUUUUACACAGGCUCUAUCACAACACUGAGGUACAUGCAUAUCCAAUGUAAGGGCUAUAACCACCUGACCUGUCUGCUUGAGGUUUUUGCUUAAAGGUGCAGUUUGCAAUUCUAAACCAAUAUACUUUUUGUCAAAAUCAGCAAAUUGCUCACGGUCCCCUAGCUGUCUGUUCAGUGUUUGCGCUCAAAAAAAACUCCAGUGUUCCUACACAGUCCUGGCUCUGUAAAUGGGAAACAAACACAGUGGCUCGACCAAGCCAUAAACAUUCCCAGCCCCAAAAAAUGAACAACCUUUUGCAAAACCGAAUCGCAGACUGCAUCUUUAAGUACUUUUUUGUGUAGUCAUGAUUAAUAAGUAUGUGUGUUAAUGGAGGAAGGCAAUAGAGUACUGGAGGGCAUUGUGCUUACUACUUUGUGUGUGUGUGCCAUCCUUUGGAGGCUUCAUCCAAUUUAUAUAGUUCAAUCGAGCAGUCAUGCUUCCCAUAAUGCAAUCUGUCCUUUUAAACAGUAAGCUUUUGUCAGCAGUUGGUCUAAGGCAAAGCACACUUUUGUGUUUUGUUGGACAGUAAAAAUCUUGGAGCUAAAAUGAAUAGUACUAGAGAAUUUAAAGCAGAAAAGUAAUCGCUUACAGAGUCGAGCUCUGUGAGCAAGAAGCCAAGAGUAACAGAUAGACGUUGUUAUCUGAUUAUGACUCCUUUUUAUCUUCUCCUGGUCACACCCAGGGGCGAGGGUGAGAAAGUAACAACAGCCGACACAACCUCAUUUUUACACCUCUUUGAAAACAACCAAAAAACUGCGUAUUUCUCAGUGCCAAAAGACUACCGCUGAGCCUUUUGUACCUUUCUUAUGGUGAGUCAGUGAAUGAGACCAAAGAUCCUCUUUUGUACUGUAACUAAGCAAGACUUAACGUUGUGAAAGAGAACCUGUAAGCAGAUUUUUUUGACACACGAGUGAAUUUGAGAUCUUGUUUGUGUCAUUUGUAACUCCUAUGCAUUGCGUGUUCAUAACGGUAUGUUAUUUCCCCUUACAGUUGGCAAGUUACGCCAGCUGCUCCAGUAUUUUACCUGUAAUUUUAUUUCGUUAGCAUUGUUGUACACACCAUAACUGUGUAGCCUUUUAUUUCAGAACAACUAUUCUCGCAUUGAACAUUAGCGGCAGUGGGAGGCCAUCUUUUAGACAGACUCUAUAUGACAGCAUGUUCAGGACGUUUGCACUGAGGGCCUGGAGAAGCUGACCUAAGACCACCUCAUGGGACCCAGUUCAUAUGUAGCAAAAAUGUUUUCAGUUUUUUUUUUUAAACGUAUUUUGUAUUUUGCACUGAAAUUUUGCUAUGCUUUCAUAAUAAAUGUGCAAUACUGCUGUAAAUAAACAUGGCUGUCAGCUA